AUGAAGUCAACUUAUCUGUUGUCUGCUCUUUGGGCUGCGGCCACUCAAGGUCUGAGCACCGCAGACUGGCAGAAACAGUCCAUCUACCAGAUCGUGACCGACCGGUUUGCUCGAACGGAUGGCUCGACGACGGCUAGCUGCGACUUGACUCGGUAUUGUGGUGGAACAUGGAGGGGAAUCAUCAACCACCUGGACUAUAUCCAGGGUAUGGGAUUCACUGCCAUAUGGAUCUCGCCUGUUGUCACCAACAUUCUCGAAGGUUCAGGCGGUACAUCUUACCAUGGAUAUUGGGCCCAAGAUAUCACAACGGUGAACUCGAAUUUCGGAAGCGGAGAUGAUCUGAAAGCCCUAGCAGAUGCUCUGCAUAAUCGCGGCAUGUAUCUCAUGGUUGACGUUGUCACCAACCACAUGGGCUCUCCCAACGCCGCCAGCAGUGUCGACUAUAGCAUCUACAACCCGUUCAACUCGCAGAGCGACUUCCACUCGCCAUGUGACAUCAACUACAAUGAUGACAACUCAGUGAUCACUUGUUGGCAGGUCCUGUCGUCGCCUAGCCUUCCGGAUCUGAAGACUGAAGACACCAGUAUCCGCAGCACGUGGAACGACUGGAUCACUCCGCUCAUCUCGAAAUAUGGUAUCGACGGGCUGCGCAUGGACAGCACAAAGCAUAUCGAAAAAGACUUUUGGCCGGGUUGGGUCUCGGCUUCAGGAGUUUACAACAUGGGAGAGGUGUAUGAUGGCGAUCCGAGCAAGUUCCCCGACUGGCUCAAUUACAUAAGUGGUCUCGUGAACUACCCGGUAUACUAUUGGAUCACGCGGGCUUUCCAGUCCUCUUCUGGUUCGAUCAGCGACCUGGUUAGUGGUAUCAAUACGAUGAAGGGUUCCAUGAAAACGAGUACCAUGGGAUCUUUCAUGGAGAAUCAUGAUCAAGUCCGAUUCGCUUCGUUGACUAGUGACGUGAACUUGAUCAAGAAUGCGAUCGCAUUCACAGUACUAGCUGAUGGUAUUCCGAUCAUCUAUUAUGGCCAGGAACAGCAAUACUCUGGCGGUGCCGACCCGAACAACCGAGAGCCGCUCUGGACUUCGGGCUACAACACCAACUCAGCGCUGUACAAGUUUAUCACAGCCGUGAACAAGAUCCGCAGCACCGCCAUCUCCAAGAGCACUGCCUAUAUCUCGUAUCAGGCAAACCCCCUAUACUCGGACUCACACGUGAUAGCGAUGAAGAAGGGGGACGUUGUCGGGGUCUUCACUAAUAUUGGUGGCAGCUCCAGCUCUUCUGUUAGCCUCAGCGGCUUCACUGCAUCUCAGGCCCUGGUCGAUGCCAUCAGCUGUACAUCGUAUACUGCAGACAGUAGCGGUAGACUGACCCUCGCAGUCGGGCCAGCCCCUGUCGUUCUGCUACCAUCCUCUUAUGGUUUAUGUACGGGCUCUGGUGGCACAACAACGGCUACUGCCCCGGCGGGAACUGCAACUGCGUGCUCUACGGUGCCCGUCACAUUCACCGAGACGAAAUCUACUAACUACGGCGAGAUCAUCAAGAUCGUAGGAAACGUUGCCGCCCUCGGGAGCUGGGACACCAGCAAGGCCGUGGCGCUGAGCGCGGCGUCGUACACGACGGCGCGGCCCGUCUGGACUGGCACCGUCCGGUUCACGCCCGGCGCCACCGUCCAGUACAAGUACAUCCUGGUGUCCAGCAGUGGCGCCGUGACCUGGGAGGCCGACCCCAACCAUACGUACACGGUGCCGACGUCGUGCACCGCAGCUGAGGCCGCGGUCUCUGAUACUUGGCAGAGUUGA